CAGGGUGAAAGGUGAAGAGUACAAUAUUGGCCAAAGUGUCAUAGAAUAAAUGUAAUGUAAUGUAAUUCUAAAAUGCCUUUUUGUAAACAUGCCAACAAUGUAUGAAAAAGACUUGCACCAAAAGUGGAGGUACUUUUGCUGACCUGUUCAGGUCUGCUCUGCUAUACAGUUACUGGAGGUAGUGGUCAGACAAUAAGAAGGCACGUGGAUUAGGUCAGAGAAACUCCUCAGGCUUGAAACUGCAGAACCAGAAAAAGACCUGACAUUGCCUUCAGGACAGGUGGAUUGAAUCACCAACCAGCCUUCUAGCUUAACUACACUCAUAUCCAGUUACCUUGUUAAAAAAUAAGGUUAUUACAAAUACAAAAAAUGAUUAAGUAUAACCCUUAAAAUGUAUUUACAACCACAUUAGAAACCCUUCUUUGACCCUAUUAUUUAGAAAAGUGUUGCUGUUUUCGGUUGUUUUAUUUUCCCCUUUUUUUUGCUGUUAUCCUCCUGUAGCUUUCUGUACUACAGCAGAUUUUUGCUCUGCAGUGUUUAAAAUACCUUUUGCCACAGGCCAAUCCAGCUGCCUAAAAGCUCCCCCAUUCAAUCUUUUGCCAGGGUCCUUGUGAGUUUAAAGUCAUGGAUGGAUUACUGCAUGUAUCAAACUGUUAGUACCCCUGGAUUCGCUGUGUAAUGCCAGUAAAUAGGGCUAUGAAAACACUACUCAGUCUAGGUACACUCUAUAUGUGGUUGACAGAACGUGGCAUUGUUUAAAGAUUGACUUAAUACAGAAUAAAAAGGAAAUAAGACUUGAGUUGUAUAGUUGUCUAAGUAACUGAACAUACAUCCGCUGUCUUAACCGACAGCUGCAUAUUUCCCACUUACAGCACAACAAACAGGUCAAAGUGAUCGGUACCGUGUCUGUUUGUACAGUGAUUACAUAAUCCUGUAAACGCGUGUGCCGCCCUAUAAACGCUUCAAGGAAGCCGAGGCAGCUGACAAUACACAUCAGGAGCACAGGUUGUUGAGCACAGAAAAUAGUUUACGGAUGGAAAAACAAUGGACAUGGUGUCUGGCCUUUCUCAUGGUCAUGGUCAGUGUUCACUCUGAUGCAGAAGUCUCAUUAACCCAGCAUAUGGAUGAUUUCAUCAGCGUGGUGGAGCAGGUGGAAAACAGAAAUGCUGGACUAGAUCCAUUAGCUGUUUUGAGAGGCCUGCGCAGGGCAGCCGGUCAUACAGAUGAAUUCAUUCAACACUUCUUGGGCACUAUCAAGGAGGACGGCAUCUCAGAGGUACCUGUCAUGGACUCCCAUGUCUCAGAUUUCAUUGGUAGGGCUUUGCUCCACAGCGUGACAGAGAAGGGCAGGGAGGAAGGGGUGGUCCUUACUGCUGAUGGCACAACGGUUGCUGUGAGCCCAGUCCUGCUGGGUAUUGAAGCUGGGCUACUGCCUAAGGCAAGGUCUCAUGUCCGUGGCUGGUAUCCGCUCACUCUGGCCAGGAACCUGGGCCUGUCCUUCCAGCACUACCACAGAUCUGUCCACUCCCAACGCCUGGGCCCUGACGGAUGCUGGGACAAGGUGACUUCGCCUCAGGCCUUCACCCUUUCUGACAGGCCUUCCUUUGCAACUGAUGCCAUGGUCAACGGGGGUAUGGACGGUAUGAUUCUGGGCAAGAAGGUCUCAGCUCAGUCGCGGCGUCCUCUUAAGCUGAGCAGCCUACUGAGGGGGUACUACUGUCACCGCCUGGACAGGGAAGGACUGGACGCUGCUCCCCGCCUCAUCAGCCGCCUACGCCGAGAGAACUUCAGGAAACUGGUCAGACCUUCAAUCCUACAGAAGCAGGUGGUGAAAUCCCUGGUGGUACAUCAGAAACUGAUCCACAACACUACCAUGCUGUCUCAGGAAAAGAAAGAGCUGACAGCUGUAGUCAAGGAAGGGAUAAAGGAAUUUGUUCAAAGAUACAUGGAAUGUCCAGCCAUCAUCCCACGCUGUCACUGGGGGGCGGAGCCAUAUCGGGGAACUCCCACCCUCCUGUCCCUCCCCCUCUCAUUCAUGUACAUCCACCAUACUUACCAACCCAGCCAGCCAUGUUUGUCUUUCCAGCAGUGCUCUGCAGACAUGAGGUCCAUGCAACGUUUUCACCAGGAUGACCGCGGAUGGGAUGAUAUUGGAUACAGCUUUGUGGCAGGCUCUGAUGGGUACCUCUAUGAGGGGCGUGGGUGGCACUGGCGAGGGGCCCACACCAAGGGCUACAACUCCAAGGGCUACGGGGUGUCAUUCAUCGGUGACUACACCUCCAGCCUGCCAUCACAGCAGACCAUGGAGCUUGUGAGAGAUCGUCUGGCAUCCUGUGCUGUGAGCGGUGGCCGUCUGACUGGCAACUUCACUAUUCACGGGCACAGACAGCUGGUUAAUACUACCUGCCCUGGAGAUGCUUUAUACUCAGAGAUCACAGGCUGGAAGCACUUUGGGGUAAGAACACAGUAUUUGUCUAUCAAUAUCUGAGAACAAGACAAGGCGACCAUGUUUGAUCAUGUGCUUGUUUCAUUAACCAGAGGGUUUCAUUGACCACUGUGUUUCAUUAACCAGAGGAUAAUGGGUGAUGUCCUAUGAUUGUAAAAGGGGCAGUAUGGGUACAGGGUAAAACAAAGCAUUACAUAUGUCCAGAGGUUGUAUAUGAUUGUGAAAGGUACAGCAUGUGAUGGGAGCACCAACAGCUCUGACGUUUUGGCUUGAAGUUACUAGGGGAAAUAAGCACCGUCCUUACAUCCCUUAGCAACCACUACAAGUCACACCUCCCUUUUCAGGCUAACUGAGCCUAGAGAACCCAAAGAGGCUUUCUGUUGCGCGUAUAUGUGGAAUAUGAUAUGUAAGCCAUUACAGAGUAAAAUGUACCCGUUUAUGUUAAUGAAAAGCAAAGGUGAUCCCAAACCAAUCAUGGGCUGUCACCGAUUUUGUUCUGUAGUUGGAGAAUCCCCUACUGAUCAGUCACGUGUUAUUCAAGAUUCAAUGCGCUUUGCAAAGACCCCAACUUUUACCAUACUUCCUGAUUUCAUGAACGAGCUGAAGGCCAUCGUUACACUUAGUUAAGCAAGCUUUGAAGGCAGCAUCAAGAUGGAUAUCAUGGAGGAGGCAGUGCUUUCUCAAAAUGUCCCAGGUAGACAAGAGGCCAGAAAGCUACAAAGUGGAAAGGGUGAAUCAUGAAGCUAAUUGGAGGAGGCACCUCAGUCUUUAACAAACCACUUCGUUUUUCAGCAUUCCAGCUGCAAGGUGUCCAUUGCAACAUCCAUCAAACUCUAACCUUCCUGUUAGUCUAACAGAUCAGGGUUCACUAUGCAGAAGUCCUUGAAUAAAAUCACGCCAUGGCUCAUUUGAUCCUGUGCUCAGAAGCAGCUUGACGAAAGGUGGUUUUUGAACAAAGCUAUUGUACAAAGCUAUUGUAGGCACAAUAAAGAUAGGAAUCUUCCCCACAGUCAGCCAUUUUGUUGUCGACAGUGGUGCGUAUAAAAAAAACAUUCAUAACUGAAAAAUGGAGCAGCGUUGACUUAGCUCGCAAAGAUGGGGUCUUCAUCCUUCCCUCCUUAUCCUGUGGGGCCGGCCACCUGUUGCCUCCAAAUGUACCUCAUGUGCAGUGUCGCACUGGAUGUUGAAAACACUUUCAUGGCCGUACAAACAUUCACUCCAAGAGGAGGUUUGUUUCUGAGGCCUCUCCGUCCUUUCUGACGAGGGGUCCAGGUGAUGCACUGCACCGUCAUAAUCAUCAUGGUCCGUGUCCUUCAGUGUCCCAGCUGUCCAGUUUGGGGCCUGAUUUUAGGUCUCCUAUAAAAUGUUGUACCAAGCUGUGGUUUACCAUUGGGUGUUAUUAAUUCUGCAUUGGCACAAAUGACAGUGUGUAACAAUAAGGGGUACUUAAUGCUCUCUCCUUUAGGGAAACAUCACCUAAAGGUAUUAAGCAGGUAACAAUUACAUGUUUUUGUUAUUAUUUUGUUCUACGCCUCACUGUCCUGAACUUUUGUUCUUUCAAUUUUUCCCCAGGUGGUUUAAAAUACAUGGUGAAAUGUGAAGUGACUGCCGUGAUCUACACCAAAGUGUUGAAAAAUAAAUGUAAUUUUGAAAA